UAUUAUUGUUCGAUAGUCUAUUCACAACAACACUGCUUUCUCUUUAUCGGCGUGCUAUGAAAACCUCAUGUGCAGACCAGCAUAUAACCGUUAUGCACUUAGGUUUUACUCACGAACCAGGCCCACAUCAUCACUGAUCUGUGGAAUGAGAAGAAAUAAAACAAGCUAUUUGUGGCAAAGCUGUGAUAAUCACUAAAAUGGCUCCCUCCCAGGCCGGGGUCGAGCACGAAACAAUAUGGACCAACAUGAGGACCAUACUGAUUCAGCAAAUCCACAAACCACACCUCGACGCAUUCCUUAACUUUUUAAAAGAGGAUCUCAAGAUGUCUGAUAUAGAAGACUCGGUCCUCAAGAAAAGUGCCAACACCAGCAACGCGGCAGCACUCUUCUGGCAGCAGAAACGGAACCUGAUGGACUACUUGGAAGAGCGACACUCAAAAGAUGGCAUUUUCGAAUUUCUAUUAGACUGGACAAAAAAGGUCCAGAUGAAUUUGACGCUGGACGGCCAUUCUGUUUGUCUGAAGGAUCACCUUAUGCGCAUUCGAAGGGAUUGGAAGCUUGCGCGGAAUAAAGCGAGGAGGGAAGGUCAUCUGGACGAGGGAGAAUUCGUGGGGAGGGAGGAGGCACUGAGGAAAGUGAGGGAGAUGCUGAGGAGGGAAACAGAUAUGAUAUCAGGCGUGUUCAUCUGCGGGAUGUACGGCUGUGGAAAGACAACCCUGGCCAGUGAAGCUGCUAAGAAGGGCCUGAAUAAGGUGUUUGACAGAUGCUUCAUAGAUCUCAAAGGUAUCAAAACAGUAGACGAGCUCUUCUACAAACUGAAGCGGAAAUUGGGGAUGAAGACGAGUGGUGGCGAAGGGGUCAAUUGGUCACAGGUCAUGGAUCGACUUAAGAACUAUGAUACAAAUGAUCUGCUAAUUUUUUUUGAUGGCGUGGAACAACUGCUAGAACCAAAGGGACAAGAUAAGGAUUUCGAUGAAGGAUUCAAUGAGGCCAACUCGACCUGUGAGGAGAUGAUCAGUGUUCUCGUUGACAUCAUCAAUAUUCCAAACAGCAGGGUCAAGCUCAUUCUGACUUCACAACUGGACAUCUGGGCUGACGACAUCCACCAGCGCUACCCACCCACCGUCUACGAGGAUAUCAAAACAUUGAGGCGUUCCUUGGAGAUCUAUCGCCUGGCAAACUUCAGCCAUAUUGAAUGUCAGAUGCUGAUAAAGAGAGUAGCUCCUGAGGCGAGUAGGAAGCUGACGACACAGGAAUUCGGAAAGAUAGCUAACGCCUGUGGCUGUAACGCCCUUGGGGUCCAGCUGGUCGCCAACUACCUCCGGACAAUCAAGGGACCUGUGGAAAAGGUUCUUGAAAACAUAACGGAGGACUCACUGAAGUUUGACCGAGGAGCUGAGAAGAAGAUGACACGGGUCUUCCGUUUCAUCUUCAAUGGCAUGGCUGAAAAUUCCCGUAAACUGCUCAUCCAGCUCUCUGCCUUCGAUUCACCUUUUGAUGUAAAGGCCGCCAUGAAAGUUACAGGGUCAGGACCAUCGAAAUUAGCGAUUGUCGCAGCUCUGGAUGUCCUCAUAAAGCGGCACCUAUUGGAGGUCGAAUACAUCCGUGACUCACAGAUGUCGGGAAAGAUUAGCAUCUAUGAUUUUAGUGAGCAUACAAACAUUCGACUUUCCCUCCACACUCUCACACAGCAGUUUGCGGAUGAUAUUUUUGUUCGAGAUGAGCAAUAUACCGCCAUUAGAUUGGAAGCUAACGAAAAAAAACAAGAGCACUACAGGGAUAUGAUUUGUCGACUUGGCCGCCAAGUAGUGCAUGAUUCUCUAACCGCAUCAAUGACGCUUUCAGAAUAUAGAGGUCAGCUCAAAGAAUGUAUCAAUCAGACGAUAAAUGACGAGAGAGUUUUGCCUUCUUUUACUGACCGAAAGAACUUUAGGGAGCAGUAUCACUCGCACGUUGUGAUGGAAUGGUUCCUGAAACCGAAGAAACGUGCAACAUAUUACUUCAAAAAAGCACAGUUAGCAAAACAAAAAGGGGACAUGGUCUCAUUUGUUGGGAUGUAUUCUUGGUAUGCAGAUACAUUCUUUGACGGCGCUUCCUAUGAUGCUGAAGUGGUCAAGAAAGUUCUCGAAGAAAUAAAAAUGGUGCUAGGCGAUCAGGUCAACUUUCCACAGAAGAGCGAGCGCGAGGAUGAGGGUCGUGCUUUGGUUCGAGGUCACUAUUUCUACGUUCAAGCAAGAUACCAUUUCAAACAAAACGAGCCAGAUGAUGCCAUAGUAGUUUCUAGAAACUGCGUUAAGACAUUCAAAGAGUUUCUCGGCUAUGAUCUAGCAUUGGGGCGUGCGUUGAAUUUGGCCGGGAGUGCAUACCACAGCAAGGGCGAUCAGCCAAAAGAUGCCUUGAGGUACCAUAGAAGGGCUUGUGACGUCCUCGAGAAACUUUCUAAGAGAUACAGCGCUGAUAUACAUUUUGACAGCGUCAUGUUCUACCAGAAUGUUGGCAGCCAGUAUCAUACCAUCGGCAACAAAAUAGCAGACGAGAUUGAUAUGAAUAUCAUGUCAGGUGAUAGGAAAGAAAAACUGAAGAAAAAGAAGUUGGAAAACUACGAGGAGGCACUUAAAUAUUACGCAAAAAGCAUCGAUGCGAUCGACUUGUUGCAUAUGACCGGGACUUGGAAUCAUGCUUUGAUCUUACGGAAUAGGUGCACCCUUCUCAGCGAACUCGGCGAGAUAGAGCAGGCGCUUGAAUCAGCUAAAGAUGCCCACGAAAUCGCCGAGAGGUUCCUGUUCAAGGACACCUUCCUUCAGAUUAAGAGUAACUCGAUUCUAGCGACAGCUCAUUGUGACAUGGCGGAAGAAGCGUUCGGUAAAGGAGAUAUAGAAAAGUAUGAUGAGCAGAUGUUUAAAGCAGAGGAGUGCUUCCACGAAGCAGCUAAAUACGCCAUUAAGAUGGGCAGAACAGCUGAAAACUAUCGCGUACUUGAGAAACUGAUGAGGGACUAUAGAAGGCACUUGUAUAGCUGGGGAAAGUGCGAAGAAGCUCAAAAAGUCACUAAGGUUUUUGAGACCAUGUUGGAGAUAAAGGGUUCGAUUGUUGAAAUUCCACCCAACCUGUACCAACGGAUGAAGAAAAGAGUCACUGGCUUAUUUUGGCAGGAAACCACCGAGGCACUCGGGCGCCCUCUAGCAGAUGAUUUACCGACGCCAUAUGAAAAGAAGUUCAAAGAUCGAGAAGUGCUUGGACCCAGUGAAACGUUUGGGAGACCCAUCCAUGUUUCCUGGAGGGACAGAGGCAGACGUUAUUGGUGGAGAGUCAUGCUGGUGUUUGAACCGUUGCAUAGAAUCUGGUACAGAUGGUUCCAAAGGAGUCAAGGUCAAGGACAAGUACAAACUGCAGCUGCGCAAAAAUCCGAAUCGUCUGCUACGAAAAGGAAGCAGGACAGCGGAAGUAUUGUCCAAGAAAAAAGAAGAAAGAUAGACGGCAGCGAGAGUGUUGACCCAGGUCACGUGACUGUACCACAGGAUUCAAAACUUGCAAAAGUUUUCGAAGAAAACGAUUCAGAUUCGUCAUCAAACGGAAGUGACGUCACUAAUAGGAGGCGGCAAAGGUUAAAUGUUCAACGGUUAACACCAGUGAAACCGGAAGAAUAUGAUGAAGACGCGAUGUCAAUGGUAUCCGAUGCCUACAGCACUGCUUCGACGCCAUUUUAUGAAAAUUUCGACGAAUCCAGCCGACUUGGAGAAGAUUCGAGUGGCGAGGCAGACAGUUACAGUGAUGCAGAGAGUGGAAAUGGAGGAGAGGAAGCUAUGAAUCUAGAUCUGGAGGUGGGGCGCUUGGCGGUUCCUGAGACACAUCUCGCCAUAGAUGACUCGGAGCCAUGCGGAACAGACGCCAAACCUCUUCCCAUGCCAUAUGUGAGUUACUCGGAGGACCCUGAUGAGGGCACAGGGCAGGCCACAGUCAAGGAUGCGGAGGCCUCUAGUAGCGGGUACUUAGCAGAUGUAAGCAGUAUGCAGGAUAAACAGGGUGAUGCGUAAAUUUGGACUAUAAAUUGUGGUUCUUUGUAUCUUCUGAUAAACAAUCCGAGUAAACAUCCCGCUGAUUUGUCAGAUCCCUCUGACCCUCUUUGACAUAAUCCACUUGCAUUUUCGCACUUAAUUGCCCCAAAUGGCAGUAAAUUUGAUGUACAAGGGAAGACUCGGCAAAACCCCUCAAAAUUGUUCACACGCACGUAACGCGCCCCGGCCAGCACAUGCCGGACUGGUGUAAUGCUAAUUGUAUAGUCUUAUAAAGAUAUCAGCCCACAUGGAGCUCAAUAACAAAGUACGACAUAGCACUGCACUGAGCUUUGGGUUUUCACCUAUUUUUCAAGGUAAAAAAAUAUCGCUUUGACCUUGCGGAAGCAAAUAUGAAAUUACAAAGAGCACGGACGGGGCUUAGCGUAGUUUUCUGAUAGCAACGACCGCCGCGUGAGAACGCCCGGCCUAGUGGUGUCCGGCAUUCAGGCUGGCAAUCAACUGUCUUGGCUGUUUUUCAAAUGGGCUCCCACUGAAGUUGCAUUGAAGUGGGAGCGCAGUAGGAGCAGGUAUACAUGCUUAUAAAAACUGGUUGAAUUAGAAAGGUUAUCAGCUUCUCCAAUUGCCUCGUGGCUGUGGUCUCGUCUGAGAUUUCGGGAACUGCAACUCGAAGCGCACUGACUCAGUUCUUUCCGGGAAAUACCAAGAGCGUUGAGGUAAAGCGGAGGCUGAUUAGACAGAAUAUCCAUUUCAUACUUGCAGGACUUGCCAACUCAUUGACUUUUAAAUGCUUAUUGCAGAUUGAUACUGGUGUACUCAAGUAAACAAGAAGAGUGCGCCGACUAUAACAAUGAUGAUAGUUGUGCGUCCAAUCUGCGUUUCCACAUGCGCUGCAUAUCGGAGAGGGAGGUAGUGACGCGUAAUAUUGUGGUCUUUAAUAAAGCUAUUAGAAUUCCCAGUC